GUUCUUAGAGCUCCCAAGAUGGCGGCAAGCCUUUUGUUCUCUGACCUGGGGUUCUUGGCCUCACGGAUUCCAAGGAAUGGAACCUCGGCCAUGCAGUCAGUGUUUUAGCUCUAUUAGAAGCCGUUGGUCACGGAGGAGAACCGUGGACCCCAGCGACUAGUGUUCAGCUUGAUUAGGACGAACCCUAAUCUGAGCCGCACAGGAACAAUGGCGAGCCUCUAGCCCCAUCCGGAGCAGCAAUGGGUGCCUCGCUGGAUCAGAAACGCAGGGGACACCCUGCCGGAUCCGGAGGGGUGGCAGUUAGUGGCGGGUCUGCGACGGCGGCAAUCAGCAGUGGUAGAUGGCCGUACUUGGUAAGAGUCUUCAUGGACCACGGUGCUGCACGAGGUGAUUGUGUUUGCAGAGGUUUUUUUGUCCUUGAAGAGCACUUAGGGCUGGAGAGCAAGACACAUGCUGACGAGCAGAAGCUGACAGGCUUGCUGCCAUGUGGGAAAGUCCUUGGACGAGUUGUCUGCUUGCGGAGAGGUGUCUGCGGCUCAGGUCUCCUGAUCAAGCACCCGAGGGAGCUACCCUAGGAGACGGCGGGGCCCUGAAGAAGUCAUUUCCUAGCUUAUUUUCUUCCUGGGCUGGAGAACAGUUGCGGCCUGACCUGAAACCCUGUCUCCCCAGGGCUUUGCUCAAGAGGCUCCAGAGAAGUGGCCUCUGUCCUGCCAAGUUAUGGAAUGCCACCUUAUUGUGGAAUGGUCCCAUGCAGAACACACACCACCCCACGGAAACACCCACUCCAGGUGGGGGCCAGAAAUCUGUUGUCUUCAGUGACUUCCUAACCCAGGCCAGUGGGUGCAGUUCCAGUUUCCAGCUAGCCAAGUCCAUUUUCACCCCCGAACCUCCUGCUGAGGUUUUCUCCUGCAUGUCACCACCCACAGACUCAAGAUCAAGACCCUAACUUGCCUCUCAGACUCCGGGACGACAGACAGAAGGCGGAAAGUCGUGUCUCCUGAAUUCAGCUUUUCCAUGGGCUUAGAUUCCCAGCGAUCACCUUGGCGGCUUCACCUGGCUUUCCCAGCCUCCUUAUUCUUUUUCAUCUUCAAAGGAUGGUGAAGCUAUUGAGCCCAACCGCUGAGGAUUCAACAAGGGAGAUUGUGAACGCUCCAAGAACAGCAGGUUCCACACUGAAACUCAGUAGCCACUUUGAACCAAACUGUGUGCGUUUUCAGAAGUAUUUCUUCUUGCUGAAGACCCGAGGGACUGGGCUUUUUGAGGGUCAUUUCUCCAGUGGAUUUAGCCUGCCUGGGAAAAGUUUUAGACAAGCAGCAGGGGACAGGGGAAAAUAGAAUCCUGGAAGAUGGCUCCUGUUCUGUGAUUGCAUUUAAAAAAUCUCCAAAUAAAUUCUCCGCUGUGGAAAGGUGGACAUCUGUUCAAUUCUGCACUCAACAAAUAAUAAGAAUUUGGAAGGGGUGGAUUUUGUUAUGGAUUCAGAAUUGAAAUUUCAUGCUUUAAUUAUUUUUAAAAUUUUAAUCUUUUUUUAUUAAAACGUAACUUACACAUAAUAAAAUGUACCGGUUUGAUGUGUACAGUUGAAUGAGUUAUGACAAAUGUAUAUACACCCAGCUAACCACCACCACAAUCAAGAUUCCAAAUAUCACAAUCUCCCCAAUCAGUAGGUAUUAUUUCCAGCCAGCUCCCCACCCAUCCCCAGCCUUGACAGCCACUGCUUUGCUUGCUUUUUUUUUUUUUUUUUUUUUUUUUUUUUUUCCCGAGACAGAGUCUUGCUCUGUCUUGCUCAGGCUGGAGUGCAGUGGUGUGAUCUUGGCCCACUGUAGCCUCUGCCUCCUGGGUUCAAGCAAUUCUCCUGUCUCAGCCUCCCCAGUAGCUGGGACUACAGGUGUCUGCCACCAUACCUGGCUAAUUUUGUAUUUUUAGUAGAUAUGGGGUUUCACUCUGUUGGCCAGGCUGGGUCUUGAACUCCUGACCUCAGGUGAUCCACCCGCCUUGGCCUCCCAAAGUGCUGAGAUUACAGGUGUGAGCCACCGCACCCCUCCUACUGCUUUGCUUUCUAUCUGUGCAUUAGAUUUUUCUGUCUAGAGCUUCAUAGAAAUCAUACAUGUGUAAAACAUGCACUCUUUUUUUCUUUUUUUUUGAGACAGGGUCUUGCUCUGUUGCCCAGGCUGGAGUGCAGUGGCAUGAUCAUGGCUCACUGCAGCCUUGAUCUUCUGGGAGUUGACCUCCCACCUCAGCCUCCCAAGUAGCUGGGACCAUGGGUGUGUGCCACCAUACCUGGCUAAUUUUUUUUUUUUGAAGAGAUGGGGUCUCACUGUGUUACUUAGACUGUCUCGAACUCCUGGGCUCAAGUAAUCCUCCCGCCUCUGCCUCCCAAAGUGCUGGGAUUAUAGGUGUGAGCCACCGUGCUGGGCUCAUGCACUCUUUUUUCGUCUGGCUCCUUUCACUCAGCAUAAUUAUUCUGAGAUUUAACUACAUGAUUGUGUGUGUCAAUAGUUUGUUUUUUGGGGUUGCUGAGUACUAUUCCAUUGUAUGGACAUGCCGUAAUUAGUUUGUUUAUCCAUCCACCUGUUGAUGAACAUUUGGGUUGUCUCCAGUUUUAGGCAAUUACGAAUAAAAUUGCUGUCAACAUUUGUG